AUGGCACCGCUCAACGAUGACGAAGUUCUUACGGAGAUGAACAAGAUGGUGGCCUUCAUCAAGCAGGAGGCGAUGGAGAAAGCCCGUGAAAUCAAGGUUAAGGCGGACGAGGAGUUCGCUAUCGAGAAGGCAAAACUCGUAAAGCAAGAGCAACAAGCUAUUGAUGCGCAAUACGAUAAGAAGCGCAAGGGCGCUGAGACAGCUCAGAAGAUUGCCCAAUCUACGCUCACGAACAAGGCCCGCUUGAAGCUCCUGCAUCGCCGGGAAGAGCACCUUCAGGAUCUGUUUUCCGGUGCACGCGAGGAGAUCGCCAAACUUGCAGCGGAUGACGCCCGUUAUGUGCAGUUCCUUGAAGGGAUCACCUUACAGGCCCUCCUGCAGAUCCUGGAACCCGCAGCGACAGUGCACGUGCGCGCAAAGGACGUAGAGCUAUUUAAGGGGACAUUGGAUAGCUUGAAGAAGCAGUACUCGGAGAUUGGCGCUGGGCGGGAGGUGGAUGUGCAGAUAGAGGGCUCAUUAAGCGACGACCUUGCUGGCGGCGUCGUCGUUGUAAACGCAACAAAGCGCAUUACCAUUGACAACACCCUGGAUGAGCGCCUACGUCUACUCGAGGACCGCAUGUUGCCUGAGAUUCGCUAUGAUCUAUUUGGCCCGAACGAGAAUCGUAAAUUCUUCACGUAG